AUGAAUAGGCACUCAUGUAAUGUGUCUGGAACUAAAAGGUACAAAGUGUGUGGAAUGUCAGAAACUGUCAAAAUCUGGUUUAAAAAAACGGAAAAUAAUAUUUUACUUCAGCGCGAGAACUCGGGUUUCAAGAUUCUAAAUCGCGAAGGCGAGUCCCCCCUCGCCGCCGCCCCACAGAAAACGGGAUCCCGAGGGCCGAGGAGCCGCAGCCCAAAAGGAGUGAUGGUGCGCCAAGAUGAGCCCAUGAUGGGUCAGGGAGGCUUGUGUGGAGUGACGUCCCCGGGCAUAGACUCGUUACCGCCCAUGGUAUCGCCUCCCACUGCCGGUACAAAUGCAAAUGGCAUAGCUUCGGAAGUACAGGAGUCUCUGACAACAUUACUAAGUGCUGAGGGAACAGUGUGUCAGGAUGAACUUAUUGCCAAGCUGCGCAGUGUUGUUAAUGAAAACUUGGAACUCAAAGAGACUAUUGCACAAAACAACUUGGCUCUGAGACAGCAGCUUGCAUUGGUAGUCAAGUGGAAUCAGCAGAAUGAGCAGCAGCAACAGCAACAUCGUCAGCAACUCCUUGAAUUUAGUCAGCAGCUUUCCUCUCUCCAGCAAGAAAACGCGACGCUAAAGGCCCAUCUUGCUGGCACCAAGACUUCUGAAGUGUCUCAGCCACGAUUCCAAGAGCUAGACGAGACCAUAAGAUUGCUCAACACUCGGCUGGAAGUUGCGGAGAGGAAUUUACGGCAGGUUCAAGAUGAAAGGGAGAAGUUGAUUGCCCAGAGGUCGCGCUUAGAAGGAGACAUCACCCUCCUAAAGUGCGACCUGACUACCACACGGAGCGAACAGGAACGUCUCCAGCUAGAGAGGUUUGAGCUCCUGAGCACAGCGAACGAGCUUAGGCAACAGCUGCGGCAAGUUCGAGAAGGAGCAGCGGCAAAGGCUCGAUCCCUCGAAGCUAGCCCUGUUUAUGAGGGUAUAGAUAAUCCACUUGGGGAGGUAGAAAUCAAGAAGAUGAAAGACCAGCUUCGGAAGGAACAAGAUACCUCAGCCACCCUCCUUCAGGAACUCCAUGACACUCGGACUCAGGUCGAAGGUCUAGAAUCAGAGGUACACCGGGCACAAGAAGAAACCUCCAUGUACCGAGAACGCUGCCGAAACUUGCAAUCCAAAAUUGACGCUACCUUUGCACAUGCACCUACUGCUGUAGAUAGAAAGGAACCUCUGGAUGCCUUGGAGAGAAAGAGGCUAAUGGAUGAAGCAGCCAUGUUGAGGGAAGAGGUUGACACAUUAGAUGCAGCCCUGACAGCAGAAAGGCAGAAGACAGCUGACGAACGCACAGCUCUAGCCAAGUCCCAUUCAGAGUUGGGUCGCUUGAAAAAGGAACUCCAGGAGACAAAGGAGCGAUUGGAGAGAGAAACACAGAAUGAUCACUAUUAUCAAGUCAAGAUCAAAUCCGCAAGUGAGAAGUAUGACGAGGCAACAGCCAAGCUCAUGUCAUAUGAAGAACUACUGGCGGCAAAGAACGAUGAGCUAUCGAGACUGAAGAAGGAUCUUGGCCAAGCUAAGGCAUCUCUGGCUGAACGUGCUAGUGAGGGAGAGACCAUUGCAAUCCUCAGAGCUCAGGUUGAGGUAUAUCAGGGAGAUUUUAGAGCUGAGCGAGAGGCCAGAGAAGCCUUGGCAACAGACAGGGAGAAACUACGAGAUGAAUUGCGACACCUUCAGACAAGGAAUACUCAGCUGGUAGAUGAAUUGGAGGCAUAUCAGCGAAGACAUCUCAACCAAGGCCAGGGUAGAGGAUCACGCGCGGCGUCAGAAGAACCGACAGGGGGAACAGCAUCUGGUGGAGGAGGAGGCAUCUUGGUUCCUCAUGGAGGUGGUGCCUUGCUCUCUCCUGAGGUCCUGUGGGAUAAGCUCUCAAACACCUCAGACAAAAAGGAAGAGGACAAGAAAGAGGAGGAAAUUGACGAAAAUCUAUUUUACUGCCCCAAAUGCAACAAAUCCUUUGCCCAAUACCGCCCUCUGGAAGAACAUGUCAACCGAUGCUUGGACGAAGACUAGGUUUUGGGUUGAUGAGCAUGUGGUUUGAUUUAUGUUAAGGUUGUAGGUCUGUAUACAAAUGUAUCAUUUCUGCAUAAGGGCACUUUACAAAUAUAAUGGCAGCUGUACACAACUUAUAAAUAGAAAUAAGUUUUGCUGGCACUUUGCAGUUGAAUGUUUGCAUUCGGUACGGUUUUGUUGCACUUUGUACUAUACAACUUUUUAAAUGUUCAAAUACCUCCAAGUGUAGCUCCUGGAAAAAAAAAGAUAAAAAAAAAAGAAAAUUGCUUUACAGAGACAUUGUUUUCAAAAUAAUGGUUGAUUGUGAAAAUUAAACCUUUUACUUGAAGUAUGAUUAUAAAAAAAUCUAAAGAUAUAGGUUGAUCGCUUUCAAGAUUAAGAACUAAAAGGUUGUUCUUUGCCAAGGUUAAGAACCGAGAUCAUGGACUGACAGUGCAGUGUUUUGCUUACAAUUUUCAUAGGCUUACUCUUUGAAAACGGAGGUAUCGCACAUAACCUUUUUCUUUUAAUAUUGUAUAAACUUUCUAGUCAUUGGACAGCAUAUUUUUCUUGGUAUUACAUUUGUUAAAUAUGUGUAUUGUUAUAAUGUUACUUAAUUUACAAGUUGAGGCAUUACAAGUUAGUGGUAGUGUGCAGCUGAGUAACAAAAGCUUCUAAUAAAUAUGAAAUCUGUUAAAAUAAAAUUACUUUUGUUUUAUAUUGACAUGUUGGCAAUAUUUAUUUUUAUCAAAAAGAUUGAUAUUGUAUUUGCUAGAGUUUACAGAAUAGAUUUUAUGCAAUUAAUUUUUACUACCACUACUGCUAUUAU